AUGGCCGCCUACAGCUCAUUCCUUGCAAAGGCGCACCUCUUCGUGAGUGAAGUCUCUGCAGCAAAUUCGUCGGUGCUGUAUGCUCAUCCUCGUGUCUCUGCGCCGGACUGCGUACGUAUGCCCAGCCUCUGGUUGGAGGUGCGUUGUACGUCACCUUCAUCCUCUCGCUGAUGUACUUGAAGGACUUUCAAGCGCAGAAUCUCUUUCUGCACAAGAUCGUCUUUCCCUUCAAUCCUCAAUUCGACGAGCCGGAGAGAUAUGGUCUCGCUCCGCACAAGACUCGCAACCUCAGGCUGAAGAGCGACGACGGCAUCCAAAUCGGUGCCUGGCACGUCGUUCCGGAUAUCCACCUCCGGCAGAUUGUGCAAAAGUUUGACGACCCUGCUCCAUCAGAUUCCGCCUACGAUGCCGCACUCAAGGCCUACCCUACUGUCAUCUACCUGCACGGCAAUGCUGCCAACAGAGCCGCUCCCUUCCGCAUCGCCUCCUACAACCAAUUCACAAACAGACUUGCCGCCAAUGUUGUCGCCAUCGACUACAGAGGUUUCGGUGACAGCGAAGGAGACCCUACGGAAGAAGGACUAAUUCUGGAUGCCAAGGCUGCUUUCGACUGGGUCGUCGCUCGCAAGAUGGCUCAGGGAAUGUCGGAGGAGGAAGGUCGCAACGACAUUCUGAUUGUUGGGCAGAGUCUCGGAACUGGCGUAGCAGCUGGUGUGACACAGCGACUGGUAGAGAGGGGUGAGCGUCUCCUCCACCACAACAGGCAGCUGUAUGCGCAUCGCUCUACUCACCUCAGCGUCUGGUGCCGCUCCACAGGUACGCCACCGAACGCCGUCUAUCUCAUGGCGCCGUACAUCUCCAUCGCGCAUCUUUUGACAUCUUACCAGCUGGCAGGAUUCUUGCCAAUUUUUGCACCUGUCCGUCUGAUUCCUUAUCAUCAAGGUGCGUAGUCAGAGUCCAGCGGCCGGUGACCUGGAGCAAGGACUGACGCAGCGCGCUGCUUUACACCAGACUUGAUCCCUUACUACCUCAAGUGAGCGCAUUUCGUCGUUCCCUCUCGCUUGCUGAUUCGAACCUCAUUUGGCCUUCAACUUGACGUCACAGUGCUCGAUUCGAGAAUUUCAACGCUUUGCCGCGCCUCAUUCGAGCGUCAGGUUUGGAUCCAGAGGGCCAAGUCUCUGUAGAUCACACAGCAAAGUCAGAGGUUCGGCCAGGACACCCGCACAUCAUCAUCAGCAGCGCGACCGACGAUGAUGUGAUCCCAUUCAGGCACGGAGAGACCCUGUUCGAAUCUCUACUGAGGGUGCAUCUGGGUCUCGCCACUCUUCCCGGCUCUAGAGGCACCAAGGCGCAAAAUGAGAGGGAGUGGGAAAGGGAGUAUGAAAACCACGUGCAUGUCCGGAAGGCGGUCUCGCGAGCUGGAACUUGGGCAAAGACAUACACUUUUUGGACAGACGCCAAGCUGGAGCCCAAGCAAGAAGGUCCAAGCGUCUCUCUCAUCCGCACGCCUUUUGGUGGACACAAUGGUGUAGCAGACGGUACGUUGAAGCGUACAGACGCCGCGGCAUGAAGAUUCGUUGACUGACACACUUGCCCUAUAUCAACUCUUCACAGGCAUCAUCGACGUUGUCGGAGAGCUUUGUGAGCUAGACGUGCUCUCUGCCGCAAUGAUAUACGCGUCAGAUGACUGAUCACGCCCGAACCACUUGUUUCCUGCAGCCGGAAUCAACUUCAAUAAAGCUAGAACGGAAUCUUGA